GUUAAUUACUUCAAUUAAUUGUUUCUUUUGUUUUCACUUCCUAUUCAAGCAUGGCUUACUUUAAAAAAACACAAAACCUGGAUUUCCUACUUUUCUGUUGAAAUCGGCCCUUUGUUUACAUGAACAUUUUUGUAGCUCUUGAAGUCUGCUAUUAAUUCUAUAAAAAUUUCCUUCUUCUUAUGGAUAAACAAUAAUCUCUACAAAUAAACAAAAAUAGACUGAAAAACUUCAAGUAAAUAUUAUUAUUUUUUGUAAUAGGAGGGUACAUAUCUCAGAAAAGACGCUGAGUUUUCUAAAUGGGGAGUUUGAAGUAGAACCAGCAUAUGGUGAAAAAAGAGAAGAAACACUGAGAAUGGCAGGAAUCAAAACAUUCUUCAUUGUGAGAACGAUUGUACCUUACAAUGCUCAAAGUGAUGUGAAAGAUUUCAACAGUGAUAAAGAUUUAGAAGACUUUUUUGAAGAUAAAGAAGUAAGUUUUGAAAAUGGAGUGAUAACACCAGUCGAGGACAAUGGCGGGAGAACAGGAAGAAAAGACUCGGAAGAUUUCAAACAGAGACUUAGGAAAGAUCUCAUGAAUAGAGAUGGACACAGGGAUUUGGUGAAGCAUACGUCAUUUGUAACGAGGUCUUUCAAGGAUAAGCAGAGAGAAUACAACUACACACACAAUACUGAAUCUUUCAGCAGUAUAUCACUGAUAGGCUGCCCUCUAGUCAUCAUACUCACAUCAAUAGCACAGGCAUUCAUACUACCCAAUGACUCAACAAGCAUCAUGUCAGUAGGAAUCAGUUCAUGGUUUCUAAUUAUAAUAACGCUCUUCACAAUAGCUGAGGCCUUUCCAAAUAUCUUUCCCGAACAGCUAUUGUACAUCAGCAAAAUUAUGAAUUAUUCUGUCAUUAUGAGACGUCUUUUAGCCGUUGUGUUCAUACUUGUAAUCAAUUUUGCAAACUUUGUUGAUAUGACUUCGUGUAUAGUAGUGGGGAGCAAUACAUCCAACUGUUCGACAAGUGAUGACCCCGGUGAAGCUUGCUUAUACCCAUCUUAUUUCUCACAUAUGGCAGUACUUGUUCUGAUAGCUGCAGCCCUCCCAUUUCAACUUUCUCAUAUCAUGAAGGCAGCAUUAUUAUUUAUAAUUGUGGAUACGCACACUUUUGGAAACCUUUAUCUAAUAAGGAAGGCUCUUGAUUGUGAAGAUUUAUCUUUUCCAGCUGAUCCAGCAAGGAUUACACCAGGAAAAUACACAGUGUCCGUAAUGCUGGGAAUGAUUUGUAUUGGAUUAAUGGUGUUGAUGAGACAUAUGGAAUGUGCCUCUCGGGUACUCUUCCUAUGGAAGACAGAAGCUGAGGAACAGCGUGAACGAGCCAGUGAUAUGGGCAGAAGAAAUGAGGCCCUAGUGUAUAAUAUACUACCACCUCAUGUUGCCGUUCACUUCUUAGGCAGCAGAAAGCGUCAGCAUGAGGAGUUGUAUUCUCAGAGCUAUGCAGAAGUUGGAGUAUUAUUCGCUUCAAUGCCUAAUUUCUCAGAUUUCUAUUCGGAAGAAACUGUUAAUAAUCAAGGACUUGAAUGUUUGAGGUUUUUAAAUGAAGUCAUUUCAGACUUUGAUGCAUUACUUGAACUUCCUAAGUUUCAAGAUAUUAUAAAAAUAAAAACCAUUGGUUCAACUUACAUGGCUGCAAGCGGUCUCAAUCCAACAAGAGUUGUUAAGCCUGAUGAUCCAACAGAGGUGCGAUGGGCCCAUCUAGCUCUCUUAGUAGAUUUUGCUUUAGAAUUAAAAAAAGCAUUACAAAGCAUAAAUGAACAGAGUUUCAACCACUUCGUCUUAAAAAUGGGUAUAAACCAUGGGCCUAUAACUGCUGGAGUCAUUGGUGCCAGGAAACCUCAUUAUGAUAUUUGGGGAAACACAGUCAAUGUAGCUUCUCGGAUGGAGAGCACAGGAAAAGCAGGGUGUAUCCAGGUGACUGCUGAAACAUGUGAAAUACUGCAGUCCUUUGGAUAUACAUUUGAACAAAGAGGCCUGGUUGCUGUAAAAGGUAAAGGCCAGCUGAUGACAUAUUACCUGAUAGGUAAAGGCGGAGGAGGAGGUGUAUUCACUCCUCAGGCCUCACCCCAACCAGGAGGAGAGAGGAUCAUGGAGACCGUGAAAGAAGAGGAAGAAGAAGAGGAGGCCCAAGCUGCCGCCGAUUCCGACCAAACAGCUCUUCUCAACAACGUCAGCAUCAAGCCAAUCAGUGGUUUGGUCGAUGCUUGAGGCAAUUAUUCUCAUAACACUCUAGUCUAGUCGAUGGCUGUCGAUAUGAAUGUUAUACCGAAGUUAUGCCAUGGUGGCCUACAUCGGAAAUGAUAAUUUAUUAAGUACAAAAGUGUAUUUAUUAUAAGUGAGCGUUUCACUAAAAGCUCAUGAUGAGUGUGUUGCGGUGAUAUUUAAUCGAAUUAGUAAAAUGUCAUUUUAUACAUUUAAAAAAAUUAAAAAACAUUAAAAAAAAAAAGAGAAAAAAAAGUUAGAUAUACUGUUAGACGUCAAUUUUUAAUGAAAUUCACUAUACGUCUCUGUUGGAGGAGCAACUUGGUUGUGUGACUAAUUGUGAAAAGAUAUAAAAUAGCUUUCAUCAAAAUUAUAGAGCUCUUCAAGUCCAGAUUAUGUAAAUAAUUUUAUGCAAACAUAUUAACUACUUAUUGGCCAUAGUAACAAUUGU